GUUAUCGCGAAAGGAUCGUGAUCCUGUCGUGUUGUCGCAGUGGAGUUUGCAUAUAUACCUCGGUAGCCAUGUGUGCUGUACCUGCAGGCAUGGGAUUAAUGCGGUUGGUUUUGCCCGUGAUAUUUCUUUCUAUCCCGGAGAGAUCUGCCUUGACUCCGUAGCUGUCCCUGGCACGAUGAGACUCUCUUCCGCACUCUGGAGCGCCGGGUCCGCCGUGGCGGCGGCGUGCAACUCGGACCCCUCGGCCUUUGACGCUUCCCGCGGUGUCACUUACCUGGGCCUCCAGCGCAAUGGGAUCGAGGUCUUUUUGAACAUUCCCUUUGCAGAGAACACGGGCGGAGCAAAUCGGUUCCGGCCCCCAGUCCCAUACUCUGCUCCAGCUAACAGCACCGUUGUCGCGCAGACCCCGGGCCAUGCUUGCCCGCAGACCCUGAACGCGUUGUCAGGGCCGAACGCGCUAUCCAGCGUGAACGAUACGUCGGAGGACUGCCUCAACCUCAACAUCGCGCGCCCCGCGGGGGCGCAGGCGGGCGACGCACUCCCCGUCAUGGUGUUUAUCUAUGGCGGCGGCUUCUGGCUAGGAUUCAAUAACGAUUUGCGCUACGCGCCCGACGCACUCGUGCGUGAGUCCGUUGCGAAUGGGCUGCCUGUUAUUGAAGUUAAUAUUAACUACCGUCUGGGUGUCUUCGGUUUCGGCGUCUCGGACGCCCUGCGUGUCGAGGGCUCUACUAACGCCGGCCUACGUGAUCAGCGCCUCGCUCUCGAGUGGUUACAAGCUAAUGUCGCGAACUUCGGCGGCGACCCAUCGCGCGUUACUAUCUUUGGCCAGUCAUCUGGCGGACUGGCGGUCGGGAUGCAGAUGCUUGCCUAUGGCGGUGCGCGGGAGGUGCCCUUCCAGCGCGCUAUAUGUGAGAGCCAGGCGCUUGAGCCAGGAAUCACUGGGAACUUCACGUCCGAUGCAUGGGCCCGUGUUGUGGCCUACGCGGGAUGCGACGGUUCUUCUUCGGAAGACGAGGUCGCGUGUUUACGAGAGCUCGACACACAAGCUAUGCUCGAGGCCGCCGAGGCGACCUUCCAGUCUGAUAUAUCCGAUAAUAUCGGCGAUAUCUGGCUGCCGACUGUGGACGACGACUUCCUGCCUGCCGCGCCGUCGACACUGAUCCGCGAGAGCCGGUUCGCGGAGAAUAUUAAUGCUAUCAUCGGCUGGUGCCAGGAUGACCUGAAUUUGUUUACGGACCGCUCUAUUUCUACCCCUGACGAUACACGCGCUUUCAUUGGAGCGUACUUGCCGGCCAUGAACAGUACCACGCUUGACGGUUUGUUAACGCUCUACCCAUCCACCGAUUUCAGCGCGGAUGUGGCCGCCGGCCUAAGCGCCGAGUUCUUCCGCACCGCGCGGAUUUGGAGGGACAUUUUCAUGGUGUGCAUGCCGCAGGGCUUUGGAGCGGCCAUUGCCGCCAAGAACCCGGAGAGCGUCUACCUGUUCGAAUGGAAUCAGACGCUCCUCGAACCUGCGUAUGCGUCCGCCGGGCUUCCUGGGGUUGGCGUCUUCCACACCUCGGACCUGGAAUACGUAUUCGGCGAUGUCGACCGCUACAAUAAAUCGGCGCAAGGGUACCCAUUCAACCCCUCUUCGCGAGACUACGCGCUUGCGCGCCGCGGAUCUCGCUCGUGGAGCACGUUUGCGACCCUAGGCCGGCCGUCACUCGAAGGCCACGAGACAUUUGUUGGAUGGGAGUCUGCCUCUCCUGUUGGGAAGAACGCCUCAUGGAGGGUUUUCGUGGCGGGUGGGCCGCACGAGGGUCUGUCGGCAUGGGAAGGGCCAGAGGCGAUACCCGAGGUCGCGACGCAACGACUGAGUGAGCGGUGCGCCUUUCUCAACUCAGAAGAAGUGAUUGCGCAGAUGCAGUUCUGAGAGGCUAUAGAGCUCGGGCUAAGACGACUUACUAUACAUUUUACAUAUAAUCCGCCACCGAAAUUUAGCAGAUAUCCAUAAGAGAAUAGAAAUAUUGAGCAAUACAAUCAGGAGUGGUCUCUCU